GUUUUAUCCACAGCCCGCCACCCGCGCCUGCCUGCCUGCCUGCGCGCUUCCAGCUCGAUGUCUGUGGCUUCUGGAAGGAGCGCAGCAGCGGAGCGCGCCAGCGGCGGAAAGUGGAGAGAGAACGGAGGAAAGCGGAAGCAGCAGCAGAGCACGAAAGAAAGCAAGAAAUCAAGAAACGUGCGGAAGGUGGGAUUUGAUGCCAAAUGUCGCCGAUUGUUAAUUUGUGUCAUCAUUCCGCUUGCAGUCCAUCGGCCGAGUUCAUCUUCAAGCUGCGCAAGUCGUGCAAUAAGUCAGCGGGAGUGGGAGUGGGGAGCAAUGUCGCGGUGAAAGAGGUCCCGAGUUAUGGGAGUUUGGAGAAAUCGGUGUCCUGCCGAUCGUCUUCGUUGAAGGGAAAGACUUUUCGGCUUUCGGAGUUUUCCAAUUCGGUGUGGCUCGCCAAGGAGGCUGCCGGGGGUUUUAGGAUCGAAUGGGAUCGUCCACGGGAGCUACUCGUUGUGGCGGAGGAAUCCGGGAAGCGGGACACCGGAAGAGGAGGAGGAGGAGGAGGAGGAGCUGAGAGCGUCAAGCCCUCGAAGAGAUGGUCUGGUUCGGAGAGGGUGAAAUCUAAUGCUAAGGAUUCCCCGGAGUCGUCGUUGACAGCCUCCAAAGCCGUAAAGAAAUUCAUCAAGGCUCAGGGAAAAGAUUUGUCGGAGUCAUCGAAACCUACCAAGUCUUUGACGAAAAUUCUAAAGCGAGUGGGGAGCGGGAAGAGGGAGGUAACUCUGUCCACCAAAGAUUCUGUGCAGCAGAGGGAGGGCUUGAAAACGAGUAGAAAUCUAGAUUUAGCGAAGAAGGCACUGAAUACCAACGAUGCUACACUAGCAAGAGUUUUCAAGGAUCGAGUGUCGGAGGAAAACGUUCAAGUGACAUCUGGUACAGGUAGAAUUCAAGCGGACUCUUUGCAAACGAAGAGCAGUUCCCGAUUUGAAACUCUAUGGAAAGUUGGUGAGGGCGAGGAGGAGAAAAAUUCUGAAUUGGCCAGAAUAGAGGUUAGUGGCACUAGAAAUGUCAGUGGAACCGUCCGCCGUUUGGAAGCUGAUAGAAUUGUGGACGUCGAAGUGGAGGUCGUUUCAUGGAGGGAAAGGCAUAUUAAAGCCAACGUUUGUGUGGAAGCGAGCGAUCAAAUGGUCUGGAAUGUUCUCACGGACUACGAGCGUUUAGCAGAAUUCAUCCCAAAUCUUGCUAGAAGUGAAAGGAUCCGCAGCCCACAGCCUGGCCGUGUAUGGUUGUUGCAACAAGGGGUGCAGAGUUCCAUGUAUUGGCACAUUGAGGCUCGUGUUGUCCUUGAUCUUGAAGAGCUUCCUCUUGAGCCCGAUGGGAAAGAACUUCGAUUUUCAAUGGUAGAUGGCGACUUUAAGCGCUAUGAAGGGAAAUGGUAUCUCCGACCAGGUCCAAGGCCUGGAACAACAAUGUUAUUUUAUGAAGUUAGUGUCACACCUAAAUUGUUUUUUCCGGCUCCCUUUGUAGAAAGAAUUAUUAGAGCAGAUCUCCCUGUAAAUUUAAGUGCUCUUGCGCAGAGAGCUGAAUCAGAUCCCUCCGACUGGCAGAGAAGUCUGGCCCUUCCUAAACCUAAGUUGAAGCCCACACCUUCCCCAAUCCGAUCCUUCCUUAAUAAACUUUCCUCUCCAAACUUUGUUCAAAGAUUUCCCGUAGAAUCUAUCAAGACCGCCCUUCAGUUUCCUUCUCUGAUAGAAAGGAUUGGAGUAGAUGCUGUCCAGAGGAGUUUAUUAAACUCGAAAGAAGAUGAAACGAGCACCUGGAAUUCAAGAGAACCAAGAUGGGGUGCUUCUUCAAGAGCUUGUACCAUGGAGCGACCAUGUUCAGUGGACGAAGUCCACUUGAGACGCUUGGACGACUUACUUGAAAACGGGGGUGUCCACCGACGGGUGGUUGCUGCUAUAACCGUGGAGUCACCCAUUAAGGAUGUAUGGACCGUUCUUACAGACUACGAAUGUCUAUCAGAGUUUGUGCCAAAUUUGGCCAGCAGUAAGAUAAUAUCACGAGAAAAUAAUCGAGUAAGACUUUUACAGGAAGGUUGCAAGUGUAUCUUAUACAUGGUACUCCACGCGCGUGUUGUUCUUGAUCUGUGGGAAAAGCCAGAGCAGGAAAUCUUAUUCCAGCAAGUAGAAGGGGACUUCGCUUCUUUUCAAGGGAAGUGGACUCUAGAAGCACUUGGAUCUCAGCAUACCUUGCUGAAGUACGUCGUCGAUACAAAAAUGCAUAAGCAUUGCCUUUUGGCCGAGGCAAUAGUCGAAGAGGUAAUCUAUGAGGAUCUCCCUGCGAACCUCUGUGCCAUAAGAGACCGAGUAGAGCAUCUCAAGUUAAAGCCUCCAAGCGCUCAAACCGUAUCACCACCUGAACCUUCCACUGGAUCUGAUGACAGUGGAGAAAAUGAUAAACCUACCAGACAGCAACCUAAACCGUUGCUAAAAGGUGGGAACAAAAGGUUUCGAGUGGCAGGUCUUCAAAAGGAUUUCAAAAUUUUGGAGCGGGAGUUGUUAGCUUUUAUUGAGGAAAACGGAAAGGAAGGUGUCAUGCCGAUGAGAAGUGAAUUGCGACUUCAGAAACGGGUUGACCUGGAGAAGGCGAUAACGAGAAUGGGUGGCUUCAGCACCGUUGCUUCCAAAUUGAACCUUUGUCAGCAGCGUAGGCCUCGAGGUUACUGGGACGACUUCCAAAACGUACGGAAAGAGAUUAUGCAACUACAGAGGGAAUUUGGAAUGGACCUGAACUACUUGCCAACUAGAAACGCGCUGAACAACGCUGGACGACCUGAUGUGGCCCGAGCCUUGGAGAAGUGGGGAGGAGCGCAGGAAGUAGCGAGACUGCUUGGCUUGAAGGUCAGGCGGGUAAGAUACCGAUCACCACGAAAGAGCAAGUUCUUAGAGGCCUCAAAUAUCGAGAAUGAUGAGUUCAUUUGUCAAAAGCCUUUCAAAAUUUCGCUCCCAGAGAAGCCAAGGAAGUGGGUUGACAUGAAAGAAAAAGUACGCUACAUUGACAAGCCCGAGUUAUAGGAGUCAUUUUGAGGUCGUCCUUAGCUGUGCAGUGGAACUUCAAAUUUUGACCCUUGAUUCUGGGAACUCUCACUGCUUGUCCUAAAACCCAGUACAGAAGGGAGGGAACAGCGUUACUAGAUCGAGGUAAUAUCGUGUUGUGCUUAGUAAAUUUUGACCAUCGUUCCAGGAUUGUACAAUAGUGAACAUGUGCCAUAUUAUCCCUAGGGAGUGUGCUUGCUCUUCAAGCAACUUAUGUGAGUGUACAAUAUUCGGAAGUACUGCAAGGAAAAUAGCCAAUAAAAGCUGCCAAUUCUGAGUCUCAUGGUGCACGAGAAAUAUGGACCGCAGAAUAUUUCUACUUUUGUUUUAUAAAAGAAAAAAAUUC